AUGUCUAAUUGUUCUUAUUUAUUUGAUUCAUUUCCAGUGGAAAUCAUGCAUAUGAUAUUUGAUUAUUUAUCAAUAUGUGAUAUUCUUCAUGGUUUUUUCAAUUUAAGUUCAUAUAUAGAUUCAAUAAUUUUCAAUUAUAAUUUUACUAAAAUAAAUUUUCGAUCAAUAUUAAAAUAUGAUUUUGAUUUAAUAUGUGAAAAUAUUAAUCCAAAACAAAUGAUAUCAUUAAUAUUAUCAGAUGGAAUUGAUACACCAAAUCAAUCUGAUUUAUUUUUGUCCUUAUUUAAAAUUGAAGAAUUUUAUUUGAGUUUACAUUGUUUAGUACUUGAAGAUAUAAAUGAUGAAUCAAUGGAAAUAAUUGUUAAUCAUUUAAAUCAAUUUCAUAAUUUAUCAUCAUUAACAAUAAUAAAUAAUAAUUUAAGUCCUUUAUCAAUAUUAAAAUCAUUAUUUUGUCGAUUAAUUCGAUUAAAUAUUUCAUGUGAAUGGUUUUUUCAUAAUCUAACAUUAAUGAAAGAAUUAAAACAUCUAAAAUUAUUUAAUCAAUGUACAUUAAAUCAAUUUGAAAAUAUAAUUCAUCAUACUCCAAAUCUUAUCUCAUUAAAUAUUUGUCUUGAAAGAGAUCAUAUAGAAAAAAUUCAAAUAAUAAACUGUAAUCUUACUCGUCUUGUACUUAAUAUGUCAUCAUCUCAAAUGAAUAUGAAUUAUAUGAAAGAUUUCUUAAGUUGUUUUCCAUGUCUUAUUUAUUUUGAAAUUGAAUGUCGAAGUGAUCUUGAUUUAUGUGAUGGAUAUGGAUGGGAAAGAUUUCUUCUUGAGAAAUUAUUUUAUUUAAAAAUAUUUUAUUUUAAAUUUCAAUUAAGAUCAACAGUUAUUCUUAAUACAAUUGCAAUACAAAAUAUUCUUCAAUCCUAUUCAACAUCAUAUUGGUUAAAUGAAAAACAAUGGUUUAUUGCAAUUGAAUGGAAUCAACGAUUAAUCUAUUCAAUUCCUCGAUUUUCAUGUGAAUCAGCAGAUUCAACAUUUCGUCCACCAUUUCAUUGUACAAUAUCUGACAAUUCAAUAUUUUAUAAUCAUAUUAAUGCACUUGCUCUAUGGGAAGAAACAAGAAAUCGUUUUGUAAAUGUUAAAGAACUUUGGCUUAUUGAUGAUCCAUUAAGAAUUAAUUUAGAAAAUAUUAUUGAUUUAAAUCAAAUUCAACGUUUAAUAUUUGUUUCAUCAAAAAGUGAAUUAUCAAUUGAAACAUUAAUUAAUCUUAUAAAUAAAAUGAGAAAUUUAAAUUUUAUUCAAUUUAAUAAUAUUCCAUUAUCAUUUUAUGAAUAUAAACAAAAUAUUCAAAUUCAACAAAUUCAUUCAAUUGAAAUUUUAAAAGAAUUUAAAUCAUUUUCAUUAAUUGAAACAUUAAACAAAAUCUUUCCACAAUUACAACGUUUACAAAUUAAAAUUCAAACAUAUGAAGAUAUUGAGAAAAUUUUAAAGAUUUUUUCCAAAUCUUUAUCCAUCGUUCGAUUUUAUUGUGAUACAUCAAAUAUAUUAAUUAAUAAAAAAUUUAUUCAAAAUAUCUUAAAUCAUUCAAAUUUUACAUUUGCAAUUGAUAAUAAUUCGAUUAGAUUAUGGAUUGGAUUAAAUAAGGUAUCAAAUCAAUUAUAUUUAAAAGAAAAAAAAACUACUGGAUGUUUUUCAUGGUCUUAUCUACGCAAAUCCAUAUUGAAACGAUAA